GUUUGCCCUAUAUGCUUCGUAAAUCACGACAAUUUAAUAGAAGUAUAAGAAAUAUACUCCCUUUUGAUUUAGAAUGGAAUAUUUGUUUUUGUUAAUAAUAAUCUAUAUGAACCUGAUGCUCGGUUCAUCUCAGAUUCCUCCUGGAUCCCCAGUCAUCGACGUACCUCAGGUCAUUGUGUUGAAUUCACAGAUAACAUUUCUAUGUACGUCUCCUAGAGGUAGUCCAACACCGACUGUGAAAUGGUUCAAAGACGAUACGGAAAUAACAACUGGUAUUUCUACAACAACUUCUGGUACAGCAGUGACAACAUCUCUAACGUUUACAGCUACUUUAGAUGAUCAUUUAGAGAUUUUUGAGUGCCAGGCAGAAAAUGGUGUACUGCAAAACCCUCUUACUACUACUAAAUACAUUGAGGUUCACUAUUCACCACAUGCACCAACUUUGACUGCACCAAGUACUUUUACUCCAGGACAACAAGGCAUGUGGACAUGUAUUUCGGCCAAUGGUUAUCCCGCUGGUAUAAUGACCAUGCGAAAUAAAAAUAAAAAUACUCAGUUUACAUCUGAGUUUACAUCUUUCAGUGUACUAAAUAAAAAAUCCUAUGAUGUUACUGGUACCCUUACCUGGAGCCCAGUGAUUGUUAACAAUGGGGACACCAUUUGCUGCGAUGUAACACAUACAACCACACUUGGCAUUACUCCACAGACAGUGUGCAGACAAAUUACAGUUGCUCAACCUAUUGCAAUUAACGCUCCCGUGACCCAGUAUAAUCCAAUUCUACAGUCCUCGGUUACUCUGCAGUGUGAUGUAACUCAAGGUACUGCAUCCCAAAUAAUAUGGAUUAAAGAUAACGUUCAACUGAAUAUAGGCAGUAAUUCACGACUUUCUGGUGGUACUGUCGCAACUGAAUCUCUGACAAUUGCCAAUGUACAAAUGUCUGAUAGUGGGAACUACCACUGUCGAGGCAUUGAUGCUGUCACUGGUAACAUUGUAAAUACAGAUACCAUUAAUGUUAACACUGUUGGAACACCACCUGUAGCAUCCAUUCCACAGACAUCAUAUUAUUCAGUGACCGGGCAACAAAUUAUUCUUGGGUGUACAGUCAGCUCACCAAACAGUCCUUUACAGGAUGUUCAGUGGACAUUUAUCAAUAAUGGAGGACAAGUGACAGAUCCUAUCCUCGUUUCAACUUCAAAUGGAAAGUAUUCAGGUUCAACAAUCAAUAGUCCAUCUUUGACAAUCAACAAUAUCGCAAGCACGGACGCAGGAACGUACAGCUGUAAGGCCAGAAAUCUGGUUGGAACCAGCACAAAUAAUCCAACAACAACUCUUACUGCAAACGGGAGUCUGCCUGUAGUCCAGAUUAAUCCUUCGACCUACACAGCAACAUAUGGAAGUCAAGUGGUAAUUAAUUGUAAUAUCGUAUCUGCUAGUCCUGCAGCAACUCAAGUUUACUGGCAGAGAAAUUCCGAUAAUCAGGUUCUACGAAUUGACAAUGGAGACCAGGGAUAUCAAGGCAGUACAACAUCUACACCUUCAUUAACCAUUAAUUUUGCUACAACAGCUUAUGCAGGAGUAUACACAUGUUUUGCUACAAAUGUUGUAGGAACUGGCAACAGUAAUCUUGGAACUGUUACGAUAACUGGUGGUGGUCUUGAUAUAACAGCAUCACGGACGACGUAUUCAGCAAUAGUUGGAGAUUCUAUUGUUACCAUACUGUGUAAUAUAAACGGGACACCACCGGCUAUUGCAUGGGACUGGACAAAAACAUCAAUUUCUGGAGGCAAUUCUGAAAUAAUAUCUCAAGGGACAAAUAAUGCACGAAGACAAGUUAUCAAUUCUGCAACCAAACCCAAUUUAAAUAUAUAUAGCAUGACAGAAGACGAUGAAGGUGUUUACAGAUGCAGAGCUAAUAAUGGGGAGCGACAAUAUAUAAGUGAACCUGUAAUACUAAAAGUGCAAGAAGCAUCCUUUAGAAGAGUUCCAGGUGAACCUCAAACAAAUAAUGCGUUAGAUAUUGAAGAAGGAAUAACAGUAAUUCUUACAUGCAGUUCUUCUGGAGGAAAUCCGUCACCAUCAGUUGUUUGGUUGAAGGAUAAUAUUUUAAUUAAUGCUGGUACUAACUCAUCCAUAUUUGGAAAUGUAACAACAACAACAUUGACCUUUGUAACGACCGUAUAUGACGAUCUAGAGGUAUAUGAAUGCCAGGUGGAUAAUGGUUUUCUCCAGAGACCACUUGUGAAAUCUACAUAUCUAGUAUUAAACCCUUCCAACAAACCUCCAGGUCAACCAAUAAUCACUGGAUCACAACGCUAUGAUUUAGGAGAUACAGUAACAAUAUCGUGCAGUUCUACAGGAGGAAAUCCUUCACCUACAGUGAAUUGGCUGAGAGAUAACAAUAUUAUCACAACUGGUAUAAAUAGAUUUUCAGGAAGUGGGGUGACAAGAACAACGCUGACCUUUGUUGCUGGUUUAGAAGACCACCUUGAAGUGUUUGAAUGUCGGGCUAAUAACGGCUAUUUACAGAACCCUCUUGCGUCGACAACAUAUAUUGAGUUGUAUUUUGCUCCAAGGGUUCCAACACUGACCGGUCCUUCAACCCUUCUUUCUGGAUCCUCUGGAAAAUGGAUUUGUUCUUCAGCGAAUGGAUACCCUGCUCCAACCAUAUCAAUAAGAAUCCAAGAUCGGCAAUACACAAACGAGAUAGCUGUUGUACAGUCAUAUGAUAUCAUUGACAGAAGUUAUACAGUAGCUGGUACAUUAAAUUUAGUUCCGUCGACUGACAAAACUGGACAAGAUCUUUGCUGUGAUGUUAUUUAUCUAUUUGAUAACAAUGAUCCUCAAUCUACUUGCUUGCAGCUGACGAUAAAUGAUGAAGACGAAGACACUAUUAUAAUUUAUGUCGUGAUUGGAAUUUUUGCAGUGUUGAUUCUCUUUGUAUUACUUAUUGUGAUGAUCUGGUACAGAAGAUGUAUGUUUAUUUAG